GUCCUGCUCGUUGGCUCGGUGCUACUGCACGUCCCCAUCCUCUGCCUCUGCACGUACGUACGUACCGACGAGGCAGCGGGCAGAGAUGGGAGGCGUAGGCGAGGCGGUCGAGGUGACGGAGCUGGAGCUUCGCAUCCAGUUAAUGGACGGCGGCAGCUACAACAUCAACGACAACGCGGACCUCCUGGCGGAGAUCCUGGCGCGGCUGGACGGGCGGUCGCUGGCCGCGGCGGCCGGCGUGUGCCGCCUGUGGGCCGCCGUGGCGCGCCGCGACGCCGUGUGGGAGGCGCUGUGCCUCCGCCACGUCGGCCCCGCGCCGUCGGCUGCGGCGGCGGCGGCCGUCGCUGGUCCGGCCACCCGCGCCGUCGUCGCCGCGCUCGGCGGGUACCGCCGCCUCUACCGCCUGUGUCUCGGCCCGGCGCUCGACCGGCUGGCGCAGGCCCAGGCCCAGGUCCAGGCGGCGCGGGCGCACCGCCUGUCCCUGUCCCUCUCCCUGUCGCUCUUCUCCAUCGACUGCUACGAGCGCCUCGGCAGCGGCGGCGGGCCCAGCGCCGGCGCGAGCGCGCCCGGGAGGCGGCAGCAGCCGUCGUCGCUGCUGUUCCUCUGCAAGCCCGUCGACGUGUCGUGAUGGCAGUGAUCAGCUGUCGUCGUCGCUCCUCUGCUCGUCCUUUCCAUGCCGUCGCGUCGUGCUUGGCGUACGCUGCCGGGACUUUGCUGCCUGCUAGUACCUGCUGCAAUGCUUGCCCGACUGACUGCCGCCGCCGACCGCCCGCCGCUUGACAUAAUCAUUAAUUAGGGUUCGUUUCGUCGAUUAGUACUACGGACGAACAAAUAAGCAAACGAGAGGUCUUGAAUCAAUUCAAGCUGUAGUACCGUACCGGAGAGAGGCAUAUUGAAUUCCAAUCCAACAAUGGCUAUUCUUUCUUUCGUUGCUUCACAAGGAGAAGGACUACACACCCCGUGUAGUGUAGGCUUGGGCGCUUGCUUGUCCGCACCCGCUUGGCGGCUUCCUGGUGUUGCCUUGCCGCUGCAUCGGCGGCGGGAUGCCUGCGUUGCGUGUGUGCACCUCGCGCGCGCGUGCAGCUCACCUCGAUCGCCAUUGCUUCCGUGCUCGGCUGGCUCCACCUCCAUGCCUGGCUGUCGACUUGGGCCGCCUGUGUGCGAACGGGUGACGGACGCACAGGCACGCCGCGCGCAUGGCCCAGCCGUACGUGACGCCGACCGAGUCUGAGUAGAUCAUGUGGACGUCCGCCGUCCGCCGCCGCUCGAGGGCAGCUCUCCGUCACCACUAGCGCCGCACCUUCUUGCGCACCAUGUUCUUUCCUUAGUGUCCCCGCUCGCACUCGUCGUACAUGUUGAGAAACCCUAAUGAAGGGUUAUGUGGGCAAAUACCGAAUAUAGCCCUGAGGGCUAUCGCGUCUAUAUAUAUAUAUAUAGAACAUGUACCCCUUAUAUGGAAUAGAGAAGAGAAAGAGGCCAGAGGCCCAACCCU